AUGAACCCAAUGGCCCUUGUUCUGUUGACUAUUCUGAUGAUUACAAAGCCAGCUAGCACUAUGUCUACCAAAAAAAUGAAUAUGAUCCACGAUACUGCCGAUGAGGUGAUUGUUAGAGAAGACCCUGUAUGGCAUAGGAAAGUGGUGUUCAUUCCAACCCCACGUCAUAAGUAUCGAUUACAUAUGAUGGCAGGAAAGCUUCGCAACCCAGAAAAUAUGGAAUAUGUUGAUGAUGAAGAUUUGUUCUGGGAAACCAGGGAACAGGCGGAAGCGGCGCAACGACUGACGAAAAUUACUGGUGCGAAAUAG